ACUACUGUUGUUGCUUUGGAAUCUUUCGGUGACUUAAUAUUUUUCUAUGGUGCAAAGAUUUCGCCUUUUGACACUUUUACUCUUGGGAGAUAAAAAUGGAAUAAUAUUUGAAAAGUAUUCUUUUUGAAACUCUAAGCUUCCUCUGGAAUACCGGAAUGAAAGUUUUCACGCCGAGAAAUAUUUUCGCCGAAUGUUGUGACUGCACACCAAAGCAAUGGAUAGGUCUUUGCAAUACCUUCAUGUUAUUAUUAAUCACAAUAAUGUGCGGACUGGUAAUCUACGAAACAUACGACAUUGACCAAAGAUUCAUCAGUAUACUGGACUCAUCUGCUUUAGCCAUAGAUCUAACAAAUACUGGUGCCGCUGAAUCAGAAACAACGCCAUAUUGGCGCAACGUGACCGAAAAUGUUGCAGUAUAUUCAGCAUUCUAUGAUUCAGCAAACAUUCAAGAUUCUUUUCUUGUCAUUAUUGGCCGAAUAACCAAAAAUUGGACGUCGUCUGAAGACCUUAGAUGCCUCAUCAAGUAUCCUGAUGAUGAAAUAAGACUUGUGAAUAUUUCAAUGGUGAGACGUUCCAGUUGCAAUUCUGCUGUGUUGUAUUGUAGUACUAUAAAGGAAAUAAAACCUGAAAAGGUUGCUGUCAUAUCCCUUGCUGAUGCAGUGCCCAAGCAAUGGCUGGAAGUAGAAGUUUAUGAUUCAUCCAGGAGGAUGGAUUCCGGAGAAGUAGAUGUAGCAGCCUGCGUUUGUCCUCAUCAGAAUUCCUUAAAAGUCGAAGAUGUUGCUGAUUUCGUUGCCUACUAUGAAGUUAUUGGAGUCAAAACGUUUUAUUUUUACGUUCACAGUCCACCUUCGGAAGUUUCGAAUUUCUUACGCCGUUUGAAAAGCAAUGGGCAUGAAAUUCACAUUCAAUCGUGGGCAGCAGAAAGUGGUGUUUGUCCUGAUCAAGUAAUUAUUUCCGAAUACGUUCAAGAUUGUAUUCAUAGAUCUGUUGAAAAGCAUAGUGAAAUCGUUCUGGUGAAUAUUAAAGAUUUCAUUUUUCCCAAGCAGUACUUGCUGAUAGACGUACUGACAGAUAUUCGUCAAACAACAACAAACUCUUCUAUAAUAGCUUUAAAACAUAAAAUAUUCUGUGAUGACUACUCAAACGAUGCAUAUGAACCAUCUGCGAUGUAUAGUACCACAGUAAAUACUGAAAUAAUGUCACCUGAUAUGAAUUAUAUUAUAAAGCCUUAUCCAGUUUCUGAAAUAACGGCUAAUAAAAUUUCUGAAGAUGAAUUUUCAAAGGAGUUCAUAUUAUCGGAGGAGGAGGCUCUUGUUCAUCGCUACGAAAGUAACUGUUCGUCCACAACUACUUUUGAUAAAGAUGGCAAUAAAUAUUUACCUUUCUUUAAAAAGUCUCCUGUAUUUGCAGAACUGCGUAAGAAUAUGUUGUAGACUUUAAAGUUAACUUUUAACAAUUUUCCUGCUUCAAAUUACACAUUUCAUUUGUAGCAUGAUUUCGCCUUUAUUUUUCUUUCUAAAAUAACAGUAAUUGUGUUGGGAGUUUCAAAUCAUAUUAUGAAUUCUUCAUGUUAUUUUUUGCAUACUUUUUGUCUUUAAUAAACUCCUGGUUAUCUUUUAGUUUGCAAAGCGACAAAUGUUAAUUCAAGAACUGUGACUCAUUUCCCGAUCGUAGACACGUGCCUUGCUUCAUGAAAUGACGAGAAGCUCCCAUUUUUAUUUGAUUGGCCGUCGUUGUAACAUCGGAAAAUGCGUAUCUCAAAUGCGUGUUUUGAAGUUCAUUCAACUCACUCUUGCUGACUAUACAUAGGUGUUUCUGUACAUGAUUUGCUCUCUCUCUCUCCCUGUUUAAUGUACAAUAUUUUAGAUAUUUCGUCAGCCGAGUCCGCUAUUUGAUCUCAAACUCUCAAAUAAACAAUUUAAAAUGUAAACUUCAUUGAUCAAAUUAUUACGACAUUAGAAAUGCUUCGAGAGCAAUUGUUUUUAAUUCAUAUUUUUUCCUUUGUAAAUAGUUCGUGGAGGAAACUCAUUUGUAUAUUUUCACCAUGGAGAAAAAUAAAUCAAUAUAAUUUUAACUGC